AUGUUGUGUGUGUACAUGCUUGCAUCUUUCUGUGGACACUGCGGGUGGCAGGAGCGCUCCAACAUGGUACGCGCUUUUGCCCUUUCUUCCUACUGUCCCAUCGUUUAUGUCUCUCUAUUCCUGCCUCCUUCGCCGUUCAGUGGAGGGGAAAUUGAAGAACGGAUGACUGAAGAAAGCGUGCCGCUUGUUAUUGUCUUUGAUUUAGACGGUACACUAUGGGCUCCAGAGAUGUAUGAAUUGUGGGGUGGUGGUGGGGCGCCGUUCAGGGCGGACCCCAGCGACCCAAACGGUGCCUUUGACAGGGCCGGCACAAAUGUGCGUCUUCUCGGGGAGACGCGGGAGCUGCUGCAGAAACUUUCAACCGAUCCAAAAUGGAGCUCCACAUCGCUGGCAAUUUCUUCCACAUGCGAUGAGCCCCGCUGGGCGAUGGAGCUCCUGCAGCUCUUUCAAUUCACCGACAGCUCGGGGAGACGCGUGCCGAUGCUCUCACUCUUUGGGGAUCUUGUAGAGAUUUACUCCGCUAAUAAGGCAAGUCACCAUCGGACGAUUCUGCGCAAGCUUAGGGAGAAGGAAAUAGACGUCAAGGAGGACUUUUCUCAGUUUGUUUUCUUUGACAACCAGACGAACAAUAUUGAGAGUGUCUCCUCGAUUGGCGUGACGAGUGUUUACUGCCCAAGAGGCAUGGUGAGCGGUGUGUUUGAGAGGGGGAUCCAGCAGUGGCGGGAGAAAGUGAAAAGAAGCGUACUGUAA